AUUACGGUCAAUAGAAAAGGUUUCUUCAAAUUAGUUGUCUGUCCCUCAUGCGUGGGAGAAGUUGACAUUUGGAUAGUGAAAGUUUAGUGCCUGAAAAGGAUUUUUGUUUUUGAUUUAAGACUUAUUAAGAUAGUAAAGUGAAGAGUCCAACAAUAUACACCAUGGUAACAGAAAAAUCCAACUCAACCAGUGUCCUGCAACACAUCGAGGCAGGUCUAAAUGUCCUCAAUCAACUGUGCAUCGGCUUUAUUACAUUUUGGAUAUCCUGGAACUGUCUACGUGUUGGCUUGACGGGCAUUCGCCUCCACGUCUGGCUGGUAACCUUUGGCUUUGUGUUUCUGAUGGCCGAGGCCAUGAUGUGCUUCUACAAUGGCAACUGGCUAACACUCCGAUACACUCGCAAGCGCAAAACCGCCAUUCAUGUAGUGCUCCAGAUUCUUGGUGGCGGCAUGGGCGUAGCUGGUUGCCUCGUCCAGCUGAUACGUGACGACUGGUCCAUUUCAGUGACCACCCAUGCGAGAUUGGGAUUCGCAGCGUUUAUUCUGUGUCUAAUCGCCCUCUUAAGUGGAAUAACCGCUGCUGUGGCGCGCAGCAUGUCCAAGCUUGUGUCGCCGUUGGCCAACAAAACGUUUCACGUAAUUCUGAGCUUGGGCACAUUUGUGACUGCAAUGCUUGCCCAGUUCUAUGGUUAUACACAGACAGGCAUAUUUAAGGGACAAGGACAAGACUUUGUUAUACUUAUGCAAGUUGUAACGAUGAUCGCUAUGGUCCUAACUUGCAUUGCACCAUUCAAGUCGCUGUAUCACAAAUUUGUUAGCUUCACAAGUUAAGCACAUCGCAUAGAAGCCUGAGAUUUUAGUUCCUAUUAGUAACUUAACAAUUUAUGUUUAGAGCUCACUUAUUAUUAUUAGCUAAGUUAAUAAAAUGCGAAGAAUUUAAUUCAAAUACCUGUUUAAAUUUACGUUCGUCAUUCAGUGUUGGUUAACUCAAGCUGCUCAUCGAUUAAGAAUGCGUGAAUCGAUGUUAAUUAUCGAUUUUCUAAUUUUUAGGCGCCAAAUUUGCAGAAUUUAUGUUUCACUAGCAAAUUUAAAAAAUAACCAUAAUUUUGUUUUUAUAUUUGAAGACGUAUCCUUUUUUGCUUCGACAGUAAAAAAAAAAUCAAUACACUAAAGUUUCGGCGUACUAUAUGGGCAAAUCCCAGAAACAGUCCACCAGCGACAAAUUUUUAAAUUUCACAUUUUGUAAUUUUUCUUUAUAUGGAACAUUAAUGUAGAUAUCGAAUUUUAAGAAUUUAAAGCAAAAAAAGAAAUUUCGAUCAUUAUAAAUGCUCAAAUUUUUAUCAAACCCAAUUUUCAUUAUAAUUUUCAUAAUUUUACUUACAUUCGUGCUCUGCGCACACUUUCAAAUCCCUAUUGUAUUCUUCACAAUUUUUUGACUCUGCUUGGGCUCACAUACAAAUCAAAAGUAAAUCACGCUG